AGAGGAGAUGUCAUCAGAAGAUCAUUUGAAAAAUACAUUUUAAGUGGAGCUUAGGAUGCAUAUCGGGGAUAGGCCAGUUCCAUUGAAAAUAGAAUCAAAGCCGAGUGAUCAUUGGCCAAACGGUUUUCCCCCACGUGCGUCCGCAAGCUAUAUAGAAGACCCCGCAAGGAAUUUCAUCUUCAGAACUGAAAGUCAGUGUCAAGGAAAGGCUACCUGGAAAUAUCGAAGAUGACUUUCAAUCAGCGCAUUGCAUUAUGCUUGGUGGCACUUGUCAUUGGACAAGCUACAGCAUUGCCACAGCAUCCCCAGUACACUCAACAAUAUCCUCAGCAAUAUCAGCAACAAGUUAGGGAUGAGAGAAAGUUCGCUGAGAAACCGAACGCUAUGAAGAAAGUUGCGAUCGACGAUCUCGAGGAUAUCAGUACUAAUCAAAUUCAAGAAGGAAGCAGCAGUGGUUUCUCGUGGUCUAACAUGCUAGGAAUGUUCAUGCAAAUGCUUCUGGGUCAAACGGGAGGCAUCACUGGACCAAGCAAAAAUGACAUAGACGAAGGUGUUCCAGCUAGUCCAUGGGCGAAUCUUCUCUCCGUUGGUCUCCGAGUACUCACGGCACUUUUAGGUGGUCCUCAACAAUCCGUUGACGGUAUCGACAAAGUCGAUAAUCAAAGCAGUCCCAUGCAGGUAUUCGAUAAGGAAAUUUUGACUGCGGUGUUGGGCGCGUUUCUAGGACAGGGCAGAGACCCGAAUCAGGUUGCUGUCAUGGCUAAAAAUGCUUCAGAGUUUAUCAGCAUCGUCAUCAACCUGUUGGACGCAUUAAAGACAUCCUUCUCGCAUCGUUCUUUAUCCGCUCGUUCUCUUGGUAGACAUGACAGCGUUUCCGAAGCCGCCAUGGCAUCUAUUAGUAUGCUAAAGGGGUACGUAAGAUCAGUAAAAGCUUUCAGCAAUAUCGGUAGAGCAGAAGACGAAGGUCAACAAGGUUGUGCCGAAAGAGCCCUUUGCGAAGCCAGUGCUGAAUGUGCCGCCGAUGCUCAAGGCACAUCGACGAUUUUCUGUCAGCUAGGAUCAUAUGCAACAAGUUACAUGUUGCAAAGGCAGAGUGGUGUAGGAUUCGAAGCACUUUAUGACGCAGGACGACGUGGUCGUAUGGGAGAAGACUGCAGGACCCUUUUCAUGGAUUGUAACGUCGCAUGAGUGGGAAAUUUCGCAUUAAACGCAAUUUAAACGUUCGCGGGGAUCGUUUGAAAUUUUUCUGGGUUAAAAAUUCGCGAAAUUAAGUCGAAGAAACGCAUGAAACUGAUCGACCUAAAUCGAGAAAUAGAUUUAUUUAGCGAUUAUCAUUAAAAAAAAAAAAAAAAAUUCCUUAGGUAAGGUCGAAGAAAAUGCUUCAACAAAAAAAAAAAAAAAGAAAGAGGAAAACAAAUUUUCCUAUUUAAAACUUACGUUUGUUUACUUAAUUAUGUAAUUAAUUAGUGAAAAACAAACUUGGAAUUCACUUCGACACGGCUCUCGCGAAAAUUUUCAUUGUCGUUAAAAUUGUACGCACAGAAACGAAGACUCGAAUCAUCGCGAAAGAUGAAAUCUCUCGAAACGUGAAACGACGAUUUUCUCUUUCGUGAGUCUCUCGUUGAUAUCGUCGACGUUUUACAAGAGCUUUCAGAACAAAAAUCGUCGAGCGUCUUAGCUUUUUCUAGAAGUAGACUGAAUAAGACUCGGGGCUCGACCGAA